AUGGAGAAGUGGAUCAGGAACAAGCAUGGGGAACAAGCAAGCCAAAGGGAAAAGUGGAUCAGGAACAAGCAAGAAGUGGAUCAGAACAAGCAAGCCAAGCAGGAACAAGCAAAAGGGACAAGUGGAUCAGGAACAACAAGCCAAGCAAGUGGAUCUGGAACAGGAACAAGCAAGCCAAAGGGACAGGAACAAGUGGAUCAGGAACAGCAAGCAACAAGUGGAUCAGGAGCAAGCCAAAGGGACCCAGUGGAUCAGGAACAAGCAAAGGACAAGUGGAUCAGGAACAAGCAAGCCUGGAUCAGGAACAUGGACAGAACAAGCAAGCCAAAGGGAAAGUGGAUCAGGAACACAAGCCAAAGGGACAAGUGGAUCAGGAACAAAGCCAACAAAGUGGAUCAGGAACAAGCAAGUGGAUCAGGAACAAGCAAGCCAAGACAAGUGGAUCAGGGAUCAAGCAAGCAAAGCAAGUGGAUCAGAACAAGCAAGCAAGUGGAUCAGGAACAAGCAAGCCAAAGGGACAAGUGGAUCAGGAACAAGCAAGCCAAAGACAAGUGGAUCAGGAACAAGCAGCCAACAAGUGGAUCAGGAACAAGCAAGCCAAAGGGAGAAGUGAAUCGGAACAACAAGCUGGAUUGGAUCAGGAACAGCAAGCCAAAGCAAAUGGGAGAAGUGGAUCAGGAACAAGCAAGCCAAAGGAGAAGUGGCAGGAACAAGCAAGCAGGACAGUGGAUGGAUCAGGAACAAGCAACAAUGAUCAGGAACAAGCAAGCCAAAGGGACAGUGGAUCAGGAACAAGCAAGCCAAGGAGAAGUGGAUCAGGAACAAGCAAGCCAAGGGACAAGUGGAUCAGGAACAAGCAAGCAAAGGGACAAGUGGAUCAGGAACACAAGUGGAGCUGCCAAAGGGAGAGUGGAUCAAGAAAAAGCAAGCCAAAGGGACAAGUGGAUCAGGAACAAGCAAGCCAAAGAAGUGGAUCAGGAACAAGCUGGAUGGAGAAGUGGAGGAGCAAAAGGGACAUCAGGAACAAAUGGAUGGAGAAGUGGAUCAGAACAAAGCAAGCCAAGGACAAGUGGAUCAGGAACAAGCAAGCAGCAGGACAAGUGGAUCAGGAACAAGUGGAUCACAUGGAUCAGGAACAAGCAAGCCAAAGGGAGAAGUGGAUCAGGAACAAGCAAGGGAUUGGAUCAGGAACAAGCAAAGGGAAAGUGGAUCAGGAACAAGCAAGCCAAAGGGACAAGUGGAUCAGGAACAAGCAAGCCAAAGGUGAUCAUGGAUCAGGAACAAGCAAGCAGCAAAUCAGGAACAACAAGCCAAAGGGAGAAGUGGAUCAGGAACUGGAUCAGGAACAAGCAAGCCAAAGGGACAAGUGGAUCAGGAACAAGCAAGCAUGGAUCAGGAACAAGCAAAGCAGGAGGGCAAGUGGAUCAGGAAACAAGCAAGCCAAUCUGGAACAAGUUGGAUCAGGAACAAGUGGAUCAGAACAAGUGGGAACAUGGAUCUGGAUCAGGAUGGAUCAGGAACAAGCAAGCAGUGGAUCUGGUCAGGAACAAGCAAGUGGAUCAGGAACAAGCAAGCCAAAGGGACAAGUGGAUCAGGAACAAGCAAGCAAACAGGAACACGCAAGCCAAAGGGAGAAGUGGAUCAGGAACAAGCAAGAUAGACGGAGAAGUGGAUGAGGAACAAGAUGGAGAAGUGGAUCAGGAACAAAGGCGCCUGGCACUGUCGGGCCAAACAUCCCUUGGAAAAACGAUGACAAACAGGAAUUUCCCCGAGUACAAAGACAUCAAAAUCCGGUAUGAUGAGCCAGAAGCAGCAUAA